UCCUGAGUGUUGGCACCAGCCUGCUUUGCAAGCAAGGAAAGGUGGAGAAAUUUUCAUCAUCACACGCUCAGACUGUCUCUCACACACACGCACACACACACACACACACACAUAUAUAUAUACACUCAGUGAGAGAGACGGGACACAUCGAAACGUAACAGGACUAUGGACCUGAGCCUGCGAGAUGCUCUGGGUGGGGGUGGAGGAGGUGUCCCAGGUGGGGCCCCUGCUGAGACUCUGCUGAAGAGAGACUUUAUGGCCUCACUGGAGAAAGAGAAAUAUGAAGACAAGGUGGGAGAGACAGUCUCCAAGAGCGACUACCGACCCUUACUGGAUGGAAAGGACACCAAGAGCGGUCCAGGGAUGAUGUCAUCAGGCGGAUACCAGGACCCACCUGGACAGCCUACCUUCAGCUCCGACAGCCUGUCUGGUUUCUCUCAGUCUGGGAUGGGAGGGACCAUGGGGUCCAGCCUGCCACCGUUCCAGACCAGUAUGAGCUCCCCUUUCAGCCAGUCUGGGAUAGGUUCAGCUAUGGACACCCAAAAAAGUUCUGUGGAAAACAAAACCAUCAGUAAUACCAGUGGAGGCACUAAGACCAGUGAUCCAUUUUCUGCUGGAGGCCCAGGAAUCCACACUAUGGAUUAUUCUACAGCAGCUCCUGUCCUCUCCCUCAGCGGUUCAGUAGAUGACAUCAGUCCCUCAUCCUCCACUUCCGAAGAGAGCCCCGAGAGAGCAGGGCCAGGGGGCGAGCAACAGCAGAGACGGUGCAAGAAGAGGAGGGAGGGCCACGAUGAGGUCUACAACUUCUUGGAUAGCCAGGAGAAUAAAGGCCAAUCAGACAAGCAUGGGCUGCAGGAUAAGGGCAUACAGGAAGCAGAGGAUAAUGAAGACGAGGAGAACUGGGAGUGGGAAAUCAGAGAGAGUGGAGGAGGGGGUAGAGUAAAAGGCAGGAAGACUAAGAGUCGGGCAAGACUUCCAGAGGAGUGGGGAGCACCCCAGCAGCCUGUUUCUCCCACAGCGGCUACAACUGCUCCUACCUGGGCUACAGGUGCUGACACUGGUCCAUCCGACUUCAAAAUUCCUUGCCCCUUGCCCUCCGACUCUGCACCCACGAGUUUUACCAACCAUUCCCAUUCCAGCUUUGUAACAGAUUCAUCUCCACGCUCCUACGAGCCCAUGUGUUUAGAUGAUUUCCCUUUGUCUGCUAAGGAUAGGCAAAAGGCAAACGAAGAGACUGUUUCAACCAGCACACCUGAAGCUAACAUUAGCACAGCAGUCAGGGCAACCACCACUAAGAAUAGUUUAGCCGGGGAUGUUAGCAGUAGUCUAGCAUUAAUGACAGGGGACAAUCUGAGCCCAGUUUCCCAGACAUUCUCUUUCCUUGAUUCAUUCCUCCAGACGCCUCAGGGCUUCACCCCCGACAUGCAGACCACCAAUGCUAUCAGCAACACCCCCUGCCUUGUCACUGCUCCCCUGACAAAGUCCACUCCAGAAGAAACAGCCAUCCCUACCUCAAAAACCAUUUCUGUUCCCAUGAGUACUCCAGACCUCACUCCUACUUCCACUUUGUCCACCACCCCAGCUGCAGUCAGAUCAGCCCUCAGUGUCGAUGCCAAGCCAUUUGUCCCCUCAGCCACCUCAGCCACGCCCCUUAGUUCACCUUCUCCCUGUAAGAAUGGAACCCCUCCUACCUCGUCAUCUGACACUCCCCGCAUAAGUGUAGCCACAUCCAUUAGCUCAGCCACACACCCUCCCUCCAUCACUCCUGCAAACCCUCCCUCUCUUCCUGCACUCUCAGAGCACCAGGAGUCCUCAUCGCCACAGCUCCCCCCACUGGAAGUGAAAUCAGAUAACAAGGACAAGCAGGAGAAGACGGAUAUCAUGUCCAGUAAGACAGAGAAGACCGAUGCCUUUGACAAAAACCAGAAGUCUGAGAAGAUUCUCAAAGAUGAGGAAAUGAUGAAGAUGAAUGCAGAGAAAAACAACAAGGCCAGCGAGAAGGCAGAAAAGGUGGACAAGCCGGAGAAAACCAACAAAGACGAGAAAGAGGAGGAGAAGAAGGUGGCUGAGAAAAAGGAGGAGAAGGAAGGGAAAGGCACAGGCAAGUCUUCAACAGGCAAUGGCAGCAAGAUCCUGCCAAGCCCUGACAGCAAGAGCAAGCCUGACAUGGGUCCAACCAAACCAAACUCCGCCAAACCCCAUCCAGCCACCCUCUCCACCAAUGGUGAGGCCAUCUCAGCCAAACACCCCUCCCCCACCACAGCCUCAGCCAAUAAAAAAAGCCCUGUACCCAAGGCGACCACACCCACCGGCACCAAGCAGCCAGCAACUGCCUCUGCCAAGACUCCAGAAAACGGUACAGCUGAGAAACGCCCACCUGCUCCAAAGGCCACACCCACACCACGUGCGGCUGCCAAUAAGAACGGCUCCUCUGCAACUGCUGCAAACAAAACUGCUGUUAACAAGAAUGAUAAGAAUGAGAGCAAGACCGGAGAGGCCAAGAAACCCAAGACUACAGCUCGUCCUCGCCCAGCCUCCACCACCACUCCUGCUACUCCAGUUGCCUCCACUAAUGGAGACUCCAGCACCACUCACCGCCGCCGGGUCAUCACCAAACCCCCUGUGCCCAAGCAAGUCCCACUGGAGAAGAAACCUGCAGUGCCCCGUGCUCAUCGAACCCCCCGGCCUAUCAACGCUCCAACACCGGAUCUGAAGAACGUCCGCUCCAAGAUUGGCUCCAUUGACAACAUCAAGUACCAGCCUGGUGGAGGAAAGGUCUCCUCCACCCAGAACAACAAGACAUCAGACCCCUGCGCCCCUGCUGCCAAGGCCAGAGUUCAGAUAGUGCACAAAAAGCUGGACUUCAGCCAUGUCACAUCUCGCUGUGGCUCCAAGGACAAUAUCAAACAUGUCCCUGGAGGUGGCAAUGUGCAGAUCCUGAGUAAGAAAGUUGAUGUGAGCAAGGUGACAUCCAAAUGCGGCUCUAAGGACAACAUUAAACACAAGCCAGGUGGUGGUGAUGUGAAGAUUGAGUCCCAUAAGCUCAACAUCAAGGCUAAGUCUAAGAUUGGAUCCCUGGACAAUGUGGGGCCAGGCAACACACAGACCAAUGGACACAAGGAGGUGAAAGCAGACGAGAAGACAGUUUCACCCCCUAGUGGCACUCCAACAACAGGACCAGUAGGCAUUGCUAUGGCAACAGCGUCAGGAGGUGUUUCUAAGGAGAAUGGGGUGAAGGAGCCCACACCUACUCCUUUUGGGGGAGAUGGACUGAGGGAGCCCCUCAGCAUAGACAAGCGCAUCACUGAGACAAAUUGAGUCCCAGUGACCGGUAGAUUUUGGUGGGACAUGCAUGGUGUUCGCUGACCUGCCAAUCAACAGACCAACCACCCUACCACAGCGCAGUCACUUCCCUCUGGCCCUGCCCCUCAUCUCGCCCACCGCAGCACCAAACUGAACGGUCGCCUCUCAGUGUUUCUCUGGGGUCUGCUUUCUAGCUUCCUGCUACCAACCUUGACCUUUGACCUCUUGAUAUCUUUGGGUUGACCUUUAGCCUAUAGCAGAGAAGAGCACUUGCUGUUUGUCUGUGUUUCUCUGUGUGGGAUUCCACCAGCUUCUUGGCUGACAAAAGUCCCUUGUAAGCACCAAUUUAGAGGACUAUACCCCAAAUAUAACAACCCCAACGCAAUAAACCCGCUAUCAUAGUCAGUGCUGUAUUGACUAUACUGAGCAUUGCCAGGUUUUUCAUAGAAUAGUUCCACCUUUGAGUCUAAUUACUCUUUAAACACUUGUAGUUGUGGCUCAAACAUGCUCACAACUCACAACUUUCAGCAAUUCAAAACCACUUAAAUCUAUCCGCUUUUUUAGCAGACCAUUGCUAAUGAUACUUUUUGCCCCAUCUCCAUUCCCAGUCCAUGCCCAUUUAUCCCUAGACCACACUGACAGGCUGAGGGCUUGCUACCAGCCAGCAGCAGGGCAAAGACUGUCAAGUCUGCUCUAAAUCAACACAUUCCAGCCUCCCAGCCAGCCAGCAAAUAUUUCCAAAUCUACAGUAUCUACAGCACUGCAUGAUGUCUCUUUAUCACUCAUUCAAACAUUAUUUCCCACUAUUUCUCUUGGUAUCACUGCACCAGUUUGUGUCCUCCAGAUUUAUUUCAAUAAUGUUUAUGCAGACUAGAGUAGAUACAUUUGGAGAAAUGGGAAAUUUGGAAAUAGAUCUAAAGAAUGGAAAUAGAUCUAAAGGUAUAUUUCAGAAUCAGUGCAGAAAGUCAGUGCAGAGGUUUAGGAUGUCGUAAUUCCUGUGUUUAUGUACUAAGAAAAGAUGCAUUCAUUGACUUAUGAGGAACCUCAAAGGCUAUAAAAAAAAGCAGAUGGGUCUGUGAUUAGUGCAUGGAUAAUCAUCAAGAAAGGUAGGUGUAGAGUGAUCUCUUUGGCUUCUCUGGGUAGCAUUGGCUCAAAAAGGAUUUGGCACUGAAGGCAGGCAUUAAAUAUUAAUAUAUAAGCCAAAUAUAUGUUCAAGUUAAGAUGACAGUGUUUGAAGGAGUGAAUACAAUUUCAAGCUGAGCUGGUGACUCUGAACAGGAGUAUUUAACGCUUAAUGAUGAGUCUUUAACUUAAACUGCAAGCUGCACCUUUUCAUCCAAGUAAUGUGAAAGCAUCGAUGCACACUAUGUAGUACGUAGCACUUCUUGUUACUGACAGUAGGAACCAUUGUGUCACAAGCUGCUGUUUAAAGCCUUGUGCACAACACCAUGUUAAAUGGUGAAAUUGUGAGGCAAACUGACUUAAUUUCAGUGGAAUUGUCAUAAUCAGUGUUUUCUCUGACAUGGGCAGAGUAAAAUUGUGUAAAUUGUUCACAUUGACCCUCAAUAGCAAGCCUUCUAAUCCCCUUUAAGGGAUCAGAAAGUGGAUGAGGUUUUAUCCAUUUUUAAGCUUCCCCUCUUAAAGUAUAAAGUGCUCUGCAAAAGAGGUAUGGUCCAGAUACGUAAGACAGAGGAGUCAAUACCAGUACUACGCCCUUUGUCCUGUUAGCAAAUGUGCUAACAAGCUUGUUAUCAGUUGACAAGUUUUCUAGCUUUUUACUGAAUAAAAUCAUCCAUAGUCAUGACGGAAAAUCCCAGGGUGUGUAAACAACACCAAUUUAGAGAAAACAGCAAAAAACUACGAGACUAGCACUAGCAUGUUCUCUUCUCCCUAGGGUCUUAGUAGUGUCUUACAUGAGUUACCAACCAACUAGUACUAACUAGCCCUGUUAGUAGUCCCUACAUCUCCAAGCCUCUGGCACCAUAUACUUCAGGAAUACAUGCAGAUGACUUUAGCUCAGUCCCAGUCACAUGGUCCUAGCGCACAUCCACAAAUUACUCUGGAUAUUUCAGCACUGCAGCCCUGUUCAGUUUGGGUUGAUGAAAAUAUUCAAAAAUCGCCCAAAAAAAAAGCACCUUAUAAAACAGACAUAUAUUGGUCUAUCACUUGCAAAGCUCUAACCUUUAUCUCCAAAUACGCUUGCAUACUCAUAAGCCAUUAAUUUUGGGGGCACUACAACUUUAAGUCUUUCAGUAUGUCUGUUUCUGCCACAGCACAUGCAUCCCUCCUCAGUCCCUCUCAUACAUAUGAACUCCCCCCUGCGAGGGACCCCAGCAGUCACCCAGAGCUGUGUCUAGCAGACACAGACAGACAGCAGACAGACAGCACCUUCCUCCUCUCACGCAUGUGGCACUUCAUCCCAGUGGAGGGGUGCAGAACUGCACCCUCCUUUAAGUCCCCCCACUAACCGGUGCGUCUUAGAAUCCUCUCUGUGAAACCUGCCAACUUUCUUCACACAAAAACACAUACAAAAAAGCACAGAUCUAUACAGGAAAGCACACACAUACUUGUUGGUGUGCAUGCACACACACAUUCACAAACAAACACAAAUCAGCACUUCUACACAAAUACAGUAUAACACACAAACACAAAUCAGCACCCUAAAAUAAAAAUGGUAUGCUGCUCAUAAAAGUACUUCUCUGUUGUAGAAUGAAACCAACUCUUUAUUGUGUUUGGUGGUCUAUGCUGAUAUUGUUAAAACGAUGAUGAGCUGUGUCGGUGUGUUGUUCUGUCAUAGUCAUUGUCGAACAUUUACAUCAUAGGCUCACCCUUGUCUAUUUCCUCUUCCAGUGUUCCACUCCAACUCUGACAGCAAUACAGUAAUCUUAGUUGGGAACGCGUCCUGUUACCCGUGCAUACACAUGAGAUACAGACAGACAGAGAAUGACAACAGGGGUUAACAGACUGGGACCUGUCAGUUUAAGGGAAAAAUGUUGUUACAUUCAUGGCAAGUCUGAGGUUGAAAUUUUUAUUUGGAAGUAUUAUGUGAUUAACUUAUUUAUUUACCUACUAAGAGUUACUACCAAGCCACUUGAAGUGACUACUCCACAGCAGUUUCUAGGUAUGUUUCUCUGGCAUAUAUUUUACCUUACAUCCGUAGUGUAAAUAGAUGGACGUAAAUAGCUUUUUAAAUACGGUUUAGAUUUUUAGUUUGCUUAACAUUUUAGUUUAUCGUUGUCUUGUUUGUUUUGUAGUGUAUACUGUAUGAUAUCACUAUAUAUAAAAAAAUAUAUAUCAAAAAUCCUGAAACAUUAGAGAAAAAUUAUUCAUCUACACUGGAUACAGCUCCAAAAUGCCAUGAAUGCAACAGUGUUAAGACAGAACCAAACCAAGAAAGGCCUGCAGCUGGGACCAUCCAGAGGUUUUUGAAGUUGUCUAUCUGCCCUUAGCAAAUAGAGAUCCACAUUUUAAGUGAUAAGACAGUUUCAAAUAGUCAUAGCACACUCAGUUUUAAGAAAAUCCAAAUCAACGUUUAAUGAGAAAAUAAGCCUAAUGUUGUAGUGAAUGUUAUUUUUGCUCAGUUUCCACAGUUGUUAAAUGUCUUAAAUGAUCUACUAUGUAGAAUGAGGUGACUCCUUUUUUUUUGUCUGUUUGUAUUAUUUAAAGAAGUCACCUAAAUUCAGUUUUGGCAUUUUAGGUUCUAUUAAAACAACACUGUGAUGUGAUUUUAAUUCACAGACAAGAAGCAUUGUUAGGUGUCACACCAGUAAAAUGAGUAGAAACAGCUAUCAGCACUGUCUACUCGCUGUAAUUCUAUGCAUUACGCAUUAAAGGCUCUGAUGGUCUCCACUGAAACUAUGAAGGAUUAGUGACAUGUCUGUAGCAUGUCGCCAUACUUGUCAGAUGUGUGAAGUGUUACUACUGCAUCCAUCCUGUAGAGAGUGUUGCUUUGCCUCUGGAACACUGAUAGUCUGGCUCUGAGACAUAACAAAGGCUGACUGAGAAACCUUACAUCACCAUUAGCAGAGCUAUCGCAGAGUUACAUGCUGUUCUCAAUUAAACUAGCUUUGAUGGUCUCACUAUAUUCUUGUGUCUAGAACCCUAAAAGCUCCCUUUAAAAGUUUCCUUAAAACUCUAAAGUCCUGUGUAGAUUGAGCACAGUCUUGUUUAUUUCUUUAUGCACUUAAGUGAUAUAAAAGUUGAUCAUAUUUAAUAUUGUACUUUUCCUCCGAAUCAUUCCCAUGAGUUGCCUAAAAUUAAAACAUGUCACUUGACAUAUAUGUUGAUCAUAUGUGAAAAUGAUCAUGUUGAUUAUGAUGAAAACCCUAUGAUAGGUGUAGGCAGUGGUUUGUGUAUAUAGAAAUAGGAACAAGUUGUAGUCUUAAUGUGUGUUGGAGGUUCUCUGGAGGAGUAUGUUAUCAUAGGAUGGGAUGCGUUAAAGUUGUAUAUCCUGGAUGACACACUGUCACCAUCUUAAUGGUCAGCUUAAUGGAUUUUGCCAGUACUCUGGUUAUCAGUGUUGUGCUGUUGGCUAUGAUGGUUUAACACUGAAAUCUCCAGUCUGCUCUCAUGUUGUUCCUGUUAACAUUCACUGGUUGUUACUUUCUGACUAAACUUCAAAAUCACAUUUCCUAUAUGGGCAAGUUUCCAUGGAGUUUGAGGAACUUAACUCAUGAGAGGAAUGGUAUGAGGACUGCCUCUGGAACAAUCAACAAACAAACAAACAUCAUAAAUGUCAUGAAUGGAUUUCAGUUCUUUAGCAUAUGGUAUGUUAAGUAAUUGUAAGUAAUUACCAUUCCACUAAAAAACUCAAAAUAAGAACUUGCAGCAACUUAAUUUAAAUGAGCUGCAUCUAAAUCUACGAGGCUUAUUCCACAACCUAUAAAACAGACAAUAAAAUUAAUAUAAGAUAAUAACAUAUGAUGAAAAUUAUGCUCUUUCUGACAGAUUUAAAGCAUUGCCUGAAGUGAGGGAAGUGAGUCAGACAGCAGGUUUUUGAAAUGGACAUUGGGAACAAUAGUGAGUUUUAUCAUUUCUGAAUCUAUAAGUCAUAGGAAAAAGCAAAUUCUAGAUAAUGGUAAUAUUUUACCAAAAUCAGCUUGUUGAAUUUGUCCAAUUUAUAACAAAGUUACAUUACUUACACUUCACAGAUGACAGUGUAUCUAUUUUCAAAAGAUUUUGGAGGGCCAUUUUGCUUUUAUUAGACAGUGGAGAGCUGAGAGAAAAUGAGGUGGGUGAAGACAUGUAACAAAUUUCCCAGCUGACUGUGACCAAUGUGAGCGUAUAUAGCAGAUAUAUAGGCAUCAGUGUAUGUAUUGGCAAGAAAGGAAGGAAGAAUUUGUAGUAAAGUUUAAAACAAUCUAUAUUAGUAUCACCUCAAAAGUCUAGUGGCAGAAUAUACAUACUAUAUGCUAAAGCACAUGCACAUGCAGCUAUCCAGUAGAAGUAAUUAUGCUUCUGAUUCUUCCCUUUUGAUAGAGAAGAAUAGAAAGGCCACCUUAUCCAGAGGAUACGAUUAUUUAUGAAAUGCUUUUGCUUUUGGAUUCAGUAGUAACCAGUAUGCAGGAGUUAGAUGAUGGGUAAAGUUAAUGUUGCAAUUUUGCAGCUUGGAAAAAAUGUAAUAACCAGAUUCACCUUGGUAUUCAUUCACAACUGUUUGAGUUUUAAUGCCCAAAUACAGCCUUUCCACUAGUAUCUCACACUGUCCCUUGUAUAUAGUUAACAACCAUGUUUUUAUCAUUUCAGAAGUAACUGAAAUCAAUGAAAAUCACACAAAAAAGAAGAAAAAAAACUUACUUCUUAACAGGGUGGAAGUUGACGGAUGAGCUUUAAUGUUCAUAUACCUAUUACCGUUAAGGUUCAUAAAGGUAUUCUAAGAUUGAAAGCAUGAAAAAGGAAAAGUGUACUUUUUCUUUUAUUCAGACUGCCUUUUUUUGCCAAGAAAAGGGCUGCUGAAGUUUCAAGAAUGUUUUCAAAAUGUAUUAAAGAUGUAAGAUUAUGAAUUCAUGUAUGAGGUUUGUGUUUGUUCUGUUUUAGAAGAUAGAUCACAUAUGGAAAUGCUAUUUACCAGAUUCAAAUUGAUGGACAGGAAGGGGAGGCAGUGUGUGUCAUGUUUGGUAUGGUCACAUCAUCACAGAAAGAAAACCUAGAAUCACAGAAAACAAAAUAAAAUAAUUUAGAAUUGGUUGGCAGACUUCAUUUAAGCAGAAAUUAACAAUCAGGUUGGUUUCCACUUUGGUUUGAAAUGCAAUACAUAUGACACCUGACACACACUGGUCAGCCCUUUCUUCUGCAUACUGCCACCCCCAGUUAGACUAACAGUAAUGAGAUUUAGUCUUUUGGCAUGUGGUGGAAAGUAAUGUUCUGUAUUAGACAGCUCCUAUGUAGACACCUUGACAUACCUACCAACACAGGACUGAAUUAAGGGAAGUCAUAAACCAAAUUGUCUUCUCAGUGUCAGUGAAAAAGGAUAAAAUUAAUGGAAAACCUAGUACCUAGUUUCACUCUUAUAAAGCUGAGGAUAAAUAAGUUAAUGGUGAGCAAACGUAAAUUAGAACUUGACCUGUUUUUUAGAAGAUACAGCUAAACGUGAAAUGUAAGUAAGAAAAAGUUAAUAAAAGACAGUGUUGGUAGAUAUGCACCUGGAGCCCUUAGCUGUGUCUCCCACUUAUAGAGGCUUGUCAGCACCACAGCACUGAAAAGUAGCAUUCUGUAUUUGCAACUAACAGAUAAACCAGUGAAACCAACAGCACAGCACUUUUCAGUGCUGUGGGGUGGAUCCACUGUAGUGUCCUGUAUUAUACUGUAGGGCACAACACCAUAACAAGAGCAUGCAGACAACAACAAACAAACUGCUGGUUGUUAGAGGCAUUUGUCCUAUUAGAUAGAGCUCAUCUCCCCCUGCAAUUCUGAAUAUUUGGUAUGAAAGAGAUGUUCAUUGUGAUUAAUUGUUAACCUGUGAUGUGAAUAUUAAUCAUGAAAUAAAAAGAUGAGCAAAAGAUCA